CAGAUGUCCACGCGGGCUGUGGGUUUGCAGGUCGGGAUUUUUCCCGAUCCGUGAAUGCAAUUGGAUUUAUUUAGGAUUAUUUUAUUCCUAGCUGGCACUGUGCAUCCGGCUGCUGUACUGCUCCACCUGGCAAGAAAAUACUGCAUUCUGCUUUCGUUUAGGUUGCGCGCACGCGUGGAAAACAUUUCAGCAGGUCCCCGCGGACUUUGACAAAGGAACAACCCUUUCCUUGCACAACUGGCUUACGGUGGAGACGUUUAAACACCUAUAUUGCCCAGAUGCACCAUGUCUUCUGGAGACCAGCAGCCGCCACCGCAGCAGCAGCAGCAGGAGGGUCACCCCCUGAUUAAGCCAACAUUCACCGAAAAGCAAGCCGCCGAACUGGUCCAAAGGAUAUUUGGACUGGAAGUCUCCCAGCUCAGACCGCUGCCCAGCUAUGACGAUCAGAAUUUCCACGUGAGCGCCGCUUCGUUCCCAGGGAAAGGAGAAAGCGCUGGGGACUUUGUCCUCAAGAUUAUAAACGCUGAAGAUAGCCAGAAUUCAGAUCUGGUCGAGGUUCAGACCCAGAUCAUGAUGUUUCUGAAUGGCGAGGGUUUUCCUGUGGCCAUGCCCCGUCUCACACGGGAUGGCAAGGUGUUGUUUCUGGAAACAGUCGAUAUUGGAUCCUUCACCCAGAAGUUUGUGGUGAGGUUGUUGAGCUACUUGCCUGGAAAAACUGUCGCCACCCUCCCCGUGACUCCGCCAAUUCUCUACGACAUUGGGCAGAUGGCAGCCAAGCUCGAUAAAACGCUGGCAGAGAAAUUCCAGCAUCCGUUGUUAAAAAGCUUACACAGGGGUGAAUUUAUCUGGAAUCUGAGAAAUGUUCCUCUUCUUAAAAAAUACCUGUAUGCUCUUGGCAAGAGCGAAUAUCUGGACGCAGUGAAACAUGUGAUUGAGCAGUUCCAAGUUAACGUCAUUCCAAAACUGAGCUCUUUUCAAUCCUGCAUCAAUCACGGGGACUUGAACGACCACAAUAUUCUACUUGACGUGGUUUCCGCAUCCUCUCCAAAUCCACAGUACAGAAUCUCUGGGAUUUUGGAUUUCAGCGACAUGAGUUACGGCUACUACGUCUUCGAAGUCGCCAUCGCCAUCAUGUACAUGAUGAUCGAAAGCAAAGACCCUCUCUCGGUGGGCGGCCACAUCCUGGCUGGGUUUGAAAGCGUGGUUCCUUUGACCCCAAAAGAGCGAGACGCCCUGUUUCUCCUGGUGUGUGGGAGGUACGCCCAGUCGCUGGUGGUUGCCGCUCACACCACCCUCCUGCACCCCGAGAACGAAGAAUAUUUAAUGAUCACAGCCAAAACGGGGUGGAAGCAUUUGAUGAUGCUGGUCGAGAUGGGCCAAGAGACGGUUGAACAAAUCUGGUUUCAGACAGCAGAAUCCUAUCGGAAAUGAACACCAUUAAUCGAUAUUAACAAGGUGGAAUUAGGGGAAGUCAGCACAAAAUUUAAAAAACAACAACAUACAACUGGGAAAGUUUAUGUUGCUACUGAAGAACUGUUUUCGGGCCCAAUCCAGUUAUACAUGUAAAAUGCGGUUUUGUUUUAUUUUGUUUUGUUUUAUUUUGAGAGAAAGAAAAUAUCAAUUUGUUUUUGCGUUCAGAUGUUCAGCUGGGGGAUUGGCAGCAAGAACUAAUCUUCCUACAGAAUGGAAACUUGUUGAUAAUCUUCAUUAGCACAUUCCGCACAUUUUUUUUGGAAUAAAGCGACGUUUCUUCGUAGUUUUUGUCAAGAGGGUUGGUGUGAAGUCCUCUCAGCUUUUGCCCCUGUCUGGUGUGUAGAGAAUCCAUACAAAAUGUUCGUAAAUCUUCCCUUGAACCUUCAGUAAGGUGGUUUUAUUAACCUUUGUACAUCUCUGCAUAGCACAAAAGCCUCAUGUGCCUUAUAACAUUUGACAACGAUUUUAAACAUGGGAAAUCCAAGGCUAAUAGGCUACGUUGUGAAACUUUAUUUGACUCCUCCUUUGGAAAACACCACAACAACAGACUUACAAUGCCCGGAGCAUUAGAAACCCCAUUGAGGCUUAGUUCCUCUGCCAGUCCAACAAUAAAGACCAAAUUGCUGCUGGAUUUCAAUAAAAUAUAUAGAUAAGA